CUGCCCCGCCCGCGCCGGGCCUCUGCGUGCGGCGCCGCCGGCCCCAGCUGCGGGCCUCCGCCCUCGGCGCGGGGGAAUGCACCGCGGGCCGGGGCCGGGGAGACAGGAAGCGAGGCGCGCGGGGCCCGUGAGCGCGCCGCGGCGCAGGCUGGAGUGCGGGCGCGGCUGCGGCGGCAGCGCGGCGGGGCCCUGCAGGGCGGGCCGCUGAGCGGGUCGCACGGCCCCGAGGAUGAGGCGGCGGGAGCAGCACUGGCGUGGGAGCUCCCAUCACCUGGUCUUUGGAGACUCGGUUGCUUUUUGAUGGCAGCAGCUUCUGGGUGAGCAGUCGGAGACUCCGCAGUGCUCUUCCUGUCGGGACGGGAUCGCUUUCUCUGGCCAUCAACACCCCUGGAGUGCUGGCGGUGCUGUUCGCUUUUUACCCUUUCCAGCUCUUGAAGGGAGAAGAAGAUGCCACUACCAUUUGGACUGAAACUGAAACGCACGCGGCGUUACACCGUAUCCAGCAAGAGCUGCCUAGUUGCCCGGAUCCAGCUGCUCAACAAUGAGUUCGUAGAGUUCACGCUGUCCGUGGAGAGCACUGGCCAGGAGAGCCUGGAGGCUGUGGCCCAAAGACUGGAGCUGCGGGAGAUCACUUACUUCAGCCUCUGGUAUUACAACAAGCAGAAUCAGCGCCGGUGGGUGGAUCUGGAAAAACCUCUGAAGAAGCAGCUGGAUAAACACGCGUUGGAGCCUACCGUCUAUUUUGGAGUGGUGUUUUACGUGCCUUCAGUCUCACAGCUGCAGCAGGAGAUUACCAGGUAUCAGUAUUAUCUGCAGCUGAAGAAAGAUAUCUUGGAAGGAAACAUUCCUUGUACAUUAGAACAAGCAAUUCAGCUUGCAGGCUUAGCUGUUCAAGCUGAUUUUGGUGACUUUGAUCAGUAUGAAUCCCAGGAUUUUCUUCAGAAAUUUGCCUUGCUUCCUGUGGAGUGGUUACAGGAUGAAAAGGUGUUGGAAGAAGCAACCCAAAAAGUGGCCUUACUGCAUCAGAAAUACAGGGGCCUCACAGCUCCUGACGCGGAAAUGCUCUACAUGCAGGAGGUAGAGAGAAUGGACGGCUAUGGGGAAGAGAGCUACCCUGCCAAGGACAGCCAAGGCAGUGACAUAUCCAUCGGAGCGUGUCUCGAAGGCGUCUUUGUGAAACACAAGAGCGGGAGGCCCCCUGUGGUAUUUAGGUGGCAUGAUAUUGCUAACAUGUCCCACAAUAAGUCCUUUUUUGCAUUAGAGCUGGCAAAUAAAGAGGAGACCAUCCAGUUUCAAACUGAAGACAUGGAAACAGCAAAAUACGUCUGGAGACUCUGUGUUGCGCGACAUAAAUUUUACAGACUAAAUCAGUGCAGCCUGCAAACUCAGACCGUCAUAGUGAACCCAAUUAGGAGGAGGUCUUCUUCGAGGAUGUCUCUGCCCAAGCCGCAACCCUAUGCGAUGGCUGCCCCACCCCAGCUGCACUAUAAUGGACAUUACACAGAACCGUACACCUCUUCCCUAGAUAACCUCUUCGUGACCAACCAGAACGGCUUCUACUGUCACUCUCAGACCAGCCUGGAUCGCGCGCAGGUGGAGCUCGGCGGGCGCGUCCGCAACGGCAGCGUGUACAGCGCGCACAGCACCAGCUCCUUGAAUAGCCCGCAGCCCUACCUGCAGCCCUCGCCCGGGUCCUCUAACCCCAGCAUCACGGGCAGCGACGUCCUGAGGCCCGACUACGUGCCCUCGCACCGGCACAGCGCCCUGAUCCCACCGUCCUACCGCCCGACCCCCGACUACGAGACGGUCAUGAAGCAGCUGCAGCGCGGCCUGGCGCCGGCCGAGCGGCAGAGCCGCUCUCUGCGGAACCUCAGCCUGGUGUACAGCCAGCCCGAGAUCCGCGAGCACGCGCGCCCGGGCUCUCCGCCCAUGGCCCCCGGCGCCUUCAGCCUUAGCCACAGCUUCCACAGCCCGGCCCCCUACCCCUAUGCCUCAGUGGCGGGGCGGCGCCCGGGGUUGGGUGCCGUGAGCGUGCCCGAGCUGACCAACGCGCAGCUGCAGGCGCGUGACUGCCCGGCACCCAGCAUCCUGAGGACGCAGGUGUACCGCCCACCGCCCCCCUACCCGCACCCGCGGCCGGCCAACAGCACCCCGGACCUGUCCCGCCAGCCGCCCAUCAGCAGCAGCAACCCUGACCUCAUCACGCGCCGCGUGCACCACUCGGUGCAGACCUUCCAGGAGGACAGCUCGCCGGUGGCGCACUCGCUGCAGGAGGUGAGCGAGCCGCUGACGGCUGCCCGGCGUGCGCGGCUGCAGAAGCGCAACAGCGUCGAGCUAGCUGGCCUGGCGCACGGCCUCGAGGGCCUGCGGCUGCAGGAGAGGGCCGCACCGGCCCUGGCGGCGGGGGAGCGGGCGCCGCGGGCAGAAGACGGCGCCGCCGGGCCGCGGGGCAGCCUGCGAGGCGGGCACGGGAAGUCCUUGUCGGACGCCACCGUGCUGAUCCACAGCAGCGAUGAGGAUGAGGACGAGGACCCCGAGGAGGGGCCCGCGCCGCCACUCGGCUCCCGGGGCGGCCGCCCCCCAGAUGUCCCCCGCGCCGCGCCCCUGGCCCCUGGGCCCCUGCACAUCCUGGAGCCCCAGGCCCCAGGCGCCGCGCCUGGGGAGGGCCCGCGGCCCCGGCGGGACGGGCUCUUGUCGCCAUCAGCGUCCGAGUCGGACCUUACCACGUCGGGGAGGUACCGCGCCCGGAGGGACUCCCUGCAGAAGAGGCCAGCGUCCGAUCUCCUCUCCGCUAAGAAGAAUGCAGUGGAAGGGCUUCCGCCUCUGGGGGGAAUGAAAAAGAGCCGAGGAGAUGCAAAAAAAAUCGGUCCUCUCAAAUUGGCUGCUCUAAAUGGACUCUCCCUGUCUCGACUGCCGCUGCCCGAUGAGGAGAAGGACGUGCCGGCCAGAGCCACUAACGACGAGCGGUGUAAAAUUCUGGAACAGCGGUUAGAACAGGGAAUGGUAUUCACAGAAUAUGAAAGAAUUCUUAAAAAACGGCUAGUUGAUGGCGAGUGCUCAACAGCACGCCUCCCUGAAAACGCAGAAAGAAAUCGGUUCCAGGACGUGCUUCCCUACGAUGACGCCAGGGUGGAGCUGGUCCCGACCAAGGAGAACAACACUGGCUAUAUCAACGCCUCCCACAUCAAGGUCUCUGUCAGUGGAAUUGAAUGGGACUAUAUUGCCACUCAGGGACCACUGCAAAAUACCUGCCCAGACUUUUGGCAGAUGGUGUGGGAACAGGGAAUUGCGAUUAUAGCCAUGGUGACGGCGGAGGAGGAGGGCGGAAGGGAAAAGAGCUUCAGGUACUGGCCACGCCUCGGCUCGAGGCACAACACCGUCACCUACGGGCGGUUCAAGAUCACCACCCGCUUCCGCACGGACUCCGGCUGCUACGCCACCACGGGCCUGAAGAUGAAGCACCUGCUGAGCGGGCAGGAGCGGACCAUCUGGCACCUGCAGUACACCGACUGGCCCGAGCACGGCUGUCCCGAGGACCUCAAGGGCUUUCUGUCAUACCUCGAAGAGAUCCAGUCUGUUCGACGCCAUACAAACAGCACGAGUGAACCCAAAAGCCCCAACCCCCCGUUGCUGGUCCACUGCAGUGCCGGCGUGGGACGGACAGGCGUCGUCAUUCUGUCGGAGAUCAUGAUCGCCUGCCUGGAGCACAACGAGGCGCUGGACGUCCCGCGGGUGCUGGACAUGCUGCGGCGGCAGCGGAUGCUGAUGGUGCAGACGCUGUGCCAGUACACGUUCGUGUACCGCGUGCUCAUCCAGUUCCUCAGGAGCUCCCGGCUCAUCUAGGCCCCGCGCUCGCCGGGACGGUCACGGAGGCGUUCACAGCUCGGAAAGGACGGAGACGUGCUGGCCUACUCUCGCUUUCGCUUUCGCGGGCGCCGCGUCGGGCGUAGGUGGCGGGAGGAGCGCGGGGCGCCGCGUCCGAUGAGCCGCAGGAGGAGCAGGGCCGGGCCGAGGUGGAGGGGCCGCGCCGGGAAGGACGGAGCCCCAGGGCAAGGCCGCGGCUCCCGGCGCCCCUGUCUGACUUGCAGCACUUGCACACAUGUGGAGAUUGUAUUUUCUCGAUCAGUUCUCUCUGUUUUACUGAAGCUGUGCUGGGCAAUUCUGGCAAUCACUAAGGCGUAUAGUUUUCUAUCUUAAGCUAGUUUUUGAUAAUGGAAUUUUAUUUUAUGACGAGAAUAUUUGGGGUUUUCUUGCUGAGAAACUAAACUUUUCAUGGGGCUGAUCCACAGAUGUGAGUGGUUCUUGGAUAACUUUGUAUUUAAAACCAUGUUAUUUUUUUUUAAAAAACCCUUGGGUACUUAACAGUUAAGUAAGUUACCAAACCCAAAACUACAACAAGAAUCCAAAAGUGUUAUUUUUGAAACAUAGAAAGCAUUUUUAUAUUCAGAAAAUUUUUUAAUCCUAAAAGUUCUAUAUAUUUGUACCUUCUAUAUUUUCCAAGCAAGAGUUCAACUUAUUAAGGUACGGAAAUGAGUCAGUUACUGAGAGUUAACAUGGGGAAUAAAGGCACAUUUUUUUAAUACAUGUAUGAGAAUAAUCAGAUUCACUGUUUUUUUUCAGUAUUAUUCAUAAACCCAAAUGUGUUUGAUUUUUUUUUUUUUUUUUUGGUUGAAAAUGAAGUGAAAACAGUUGCAUAAGAUGGUUUUAAGCAAUUUUUUUGGUUGCAAACAAAUCUGUUUUUAAUAUAUAUGUUGCUUUAUAGGUGAAACAGUACAUAAGAGCAGACAUAUUGAAAGUGUUUUGGAAGGGAUCAGGGGUAAGAGUACCGAGGAUGACUAGGAGGAGAUCACAUGCAGAGGAAGCGCAGGAUGGUAAAUGCAAGUUGCCUUGGUCUUUACAAAGCACGCAGUGUCAGCUGCACUCACACUGAGCCGCCGGGCGGAGCGGGGCUCGGGAAGAGUGGGUGACCCCCCCCCACCGUAGGUACCCCCCGGGAGACUCAGGGCCUGUCGCGGGUAAUAGCUCCCUCUGUUUCCUUGAAGUUCUUCCACCUACAACUCUUUCUUUAAAAAAAAACAACAAAUCAGGUUUAUAUUAUUAAAAGAAGCUGUGAAGAGGCUUUGUUUUCUUUUGGCUGAAAGAAGGGAAGGGUUUGUUAAUAGUCUCACCUCUUCUUCCCAAACCACAGCCCAGACCUGUGAGGCCAUGGGACAUGACCGUGGUGUCCAGGAUGUCCUGGGGUUUCCUCGCCUCAUUCCUCUAGCUUCACCCCUGCGGGCGUCUCGGGCUCCCCCUCCUCCGAGCCCCCAAGACCCCUUUUAGGCCCCUCCCCAUGGGCAGGGGGUUUGCGAAGGGCUCGUCCCUCGGGGCCGAGGAGGUGAUGGAGGACUGCCUGCACGUUUAGCUGAGGAGACUUCUCUUCCGGAGGCCACUUCUCCAACACAUCAAGCUUCCCACACGUGAAACCCAGGGUUACUUCCCCCAGUGAACAGUGUCCGAGGGCGGCUCCGGUGCCAGGUUCACUCCUAAAGCAGUUCUCACUGUUGUCCCACCGAGUCUGCGGUUAGCUGUGAGACUGGGUUUCCUUCAAACAGCGUGUCCCUGCCUAACUCUGUCCCAGAAACCAACCGCUUAAGAGGAAAUGCAGACGGCAUCAAUGAAAGUGAAUAUUGAAAGUGGGCCUCUUUCUCACUUGGUAACAAAGAAUUGAUUUUAAGUCUGAAAUGAUUUUAAAGAACAAUAGACCCAAGUGUGGAUGUUCAGAGCGUGCUCCCCAGGAGAAUGGAUUCAGAGUUUUUUUAUUGCAGUGGUUCCCAUCUUCACACCAGGUAAAGGACAGGUGUGUUUCUGACACUUUUUUCUUCCAUUGGUACUUUUUUUUUUUAAUGCUUUUCUGUCAGGUUUAAACAUUUUGAAGUGUCCCAUUGACAAGAACAUAUUGUAAAACAAAAUUUUAAAGAGUAAUAUAUGGUAUGUUUGUGUUCCUGUUAUAAUUUGAUUAUAAGAAAAUUAUGAGGGCUAAAUUACACUGUAUAAAAUGUCACUCUUAAAACUCGCAUGUUUGACGUAGCUUCUAAGACCCAUGUAAUUUUUAUGUGUCCCUUUUGAAUUUUUAAACUUUUGAUGAACAGAGAAUAUGAAAGUAUUUCUGAAUAAAAAUAAAUCCACAUUUCUGGA